AUAAAAGGCUCUCAGAAAGAAGAAAUUGAGGAAUCUAGUCGUGCUAAAGAGAAGGGUGAGAUCCCACUUCACACAUCAACGUCUCAAAGGACACUACUAACCAAUGAAAACCCUCUAAGAAAGUUUUCUGAUACCUUAACUGCUCCUCUUAGUAGAAUCAGGAUCCUUAAAUUUGGCUCUGCAUCUGCCAAAAUCAAGCAGAUGGCUUAUGAGAAAGAUGAGAUUUCACGCUCUGUGACUACUUCAAGUGGUCACCGAUUUCAAGAACGCCUCAGUGGGGUUUUUGCUCGGAAAAUUGAUUGGGAUUCACUCAUGGAAAUGAGCAAAGAAUGGAUUAGAAACCCAAUGAACAUGGCUCUGUUUGCGUGGAUCACCUGCAUUGCUGUUUCAGGUGCAAUUCUAUUCCUCGUUAUGACUGGAAUGUUAAACAGUGUUCUUCCCAAGAAGUCCCAGAGGGAUGCGUGGUUUGAAGUAAACAAUCAAAUUCUUAAUGCACUGUUUACCCUUAUGUGUUUGUACCAACAUCCGAAACGGUUUUAUCACCUUGCAAUUCUAUGCAUAUGGAAACCAAAAGAUAUAUCUAAACUAAGAAAGAUUUACUGCAAGAAUGGAACCUACAAGCCUCAUGAAUGGGCACACAUGAUGGUUGUUAUUGUUCUGCUGCAUGUAAAUUGUUUUGCUCAAUACGCACUUUGUGGUCUAAACUUGGGGUACAGGAGAUCUCAACGACCAGCAAUUGGAGUUGGAGUAUCUAUAUCUGUUGCAAUUGCAGCACCUGCAAUUGCUGGCUUUUACUCUAUUAUGAGUCCCCUUGGAAGGGAUUAUAAUUCUGAAAUGGAUGAGGAAGCACAGGUCCAGAUUACCACAGGUGAAAAUCCAGAUCAGAUUAGAUUGAAAUCGUUGGAGAAACGAUUUUCUUUUGCAGCAAGAGAUGAAUUUUAUAAAAUGUUAAGUUUGGACUUCUGGUAAAACUAUAAAUGUGGAGAAGUAAUUAAUACUGAUGAUUAAGCAAUUGUUUCUGUCAUCUAGCCCCAACUAUCCAUAACCGAGGCCGAUGUGGGCACACAAAGUUAGAGCUGGAGAAUGUUAGUCGAAGUUUGUUAAGUGGAGUCAGAAUAUUCACUAUAGACCAGAAACUGGACCAAUAAAAGGUAAUGGCUUGUAAAGAGUGCACCCGUAAGAAUAGCUUGUGAAAACAAGUGACAUGGUUCAGAUUGCAGAUAUAGAAAGUUAGAAAAAGUAAAUGUUUGACAGUAAUGUAAGAGUAGGUAUAGCCCUGAAUGAAAUGUAAUUGCAAAACAGGAUUCAUUGUGA